UAUAUAUAUAUAAUAAAAUAAUGCAAUUCAUCGGUUAAGUUAGAAAAUAAAUAUUGAAGAUGCAUCAAACAGAAAACGGCAUUGAAACGUCCAACGGAAAUGAACGUAUUGGCAUGAAAAAUAAGACGAGUAAUGAUGGAAAGAAAAAUCAGGCGGACGAAAAAGAUUUGUUAAAAGGCGAAGUAGAUGAAGGAGAUUGCGGAUUGUUUUGCUGUGCUCCAAAGUUUCUCCAAUUCUUUAACAACCCAUCUGGAUAUUUGCUGGUGUUUGGAAUGUUUUUGACAACGCAGGGUCUUCUUGUAAAUGGAUACAUGAAUGUGAUAUUAACGACUCUAGAACGAAGAUUCCGACUACAAAGCUCAGAAACCGGCUUGAUAGUCGUGAGUUAUGACAUUGCCUACUUUGUGCUUUGUCUUUUUGUCACAUUUUACGGAAAUCGUGCUCACAGACCUCGUUUACUGGCGAUCGGAUCGAUAUUUUUUGGAGUUGGGUGCCUCAUAUUUGCAAUACCGCAUUUUACUACUGGCCGUUAUGUGUACGAAGGAAAUUUUUCAGACCUCUGUAAUCCUGAGUUUGUACCAACGUGUGAAUCCUCGGGAUACGAGGAAAAUGUUGACGAUUAUCUCUAUCUCUUUAUAUUCGCUAUGGUGCUGCAAGGAUUUGGAUGCAUACCUUUAUACACGGUCGGAUUUGCCGUGUUGGAGGACAGUUUACCGAAGGGAAAAUCUGCAAUAUAUAUUGGAGUUUCAAAUGCGCUGACUAUAUUGGGACCAGUACUUGGAUACAUCCUGGGCGGAUAUUCUUUAUCAAUAUACGUGGAUUUCGAUACCACCAACCCAGAAGAAAUUGAAAUCGACUCGUCAGAUCCACGAUGGGUUGGAGCGUGGUGGCUGGGGUUUCUUCUGGCAUCAGCAUUAGCUCUAAUAUUUGUUUCGUUGCCAAUGAUCAGUUUUCCGAAGCAAUUUCCUGGUAGUGCAUUGAUACGAUCUCAGAAAGAAUCUGAAGUGCACAAAAACGCUAGUGCAGAAAUAACGGAAAAGGAAGAAUUUGGGAAAUCAAUUAAAGAUAUGCCUAUUGCUAUUGUAGCCAUGCUCAAAAACUCGGCAUUUUUAUUUACGACGUUGGCUGGCUGUUCCGAAGGAUUCAUUAUUGCUGCAUUCACUGCUUUUCUUCCGAAAUUCAUCGAAAGUCAAUUCAAUUUAUCUGCAGGGGAAGCCGCUUUGUAUGCAGGAAUCAUUGCUAUUCCAGGAGGAGUAUUUGGAAAUAUUAUCUCUGCUCUUCUUGUUCAAAAAUUAAAACUGAAAACAGCAGGAGUUUUAAAAAUGUGCAUUUUUUGCGCUGCCGCUGUUUUUGUAUUAUCGCCCACUGCACUUUUGCAUUGUAAAGAUCCUCUAAUCGCCGGAGUCAACCAAGCAUAUAGUUCGGACCCAGAUAAAGAAUAUCCUCCCGCAAACCUGACAGCAUCGUGCAACUCCAACUGUAAUUGCCAAGAGAAAUAUUUUUCUCCAGUUUGUGGUGCCGAUAAUCAGUCCUACUUUUCAGCGUGCUUUGCUGGAUGCUUCGAAAUGGAUGAAACCGGUUCUGAUAACAUAUAUCGUGAUUGCUCGUGUGUACAAAAAACGAAUGAGAAUGGAAUUGCUGCUGUAGGCGGCCUCUGUGAACAAUCGUGUACAGUUUUGGCACCUUUUCUAGGAAUAUUUUUCGUUAUUGUUUUGAUAAAUUUUAUGACAACCACGCCAGCUUUAUUGGUUAUAUUAAGAUGUGUACCAGACUCUCAAAAAUCGUUCGCAGUGGGCGUUCAGUGGUGGAUUGUUCGAGCAUUUGGUAGCAUCCCAGGUCCUGUUGUAUUCGGUGUAAUAUUUGAUAUUACAUGUCUGCUUUGGCAACAAUUGUCAUGUGGACAGGGCACUGGGUCUUGCUGGCUGCACAAUAGCGACGAAGUAGCCUUAUACUUGACAAUAGCAUCUAUGGUAUGCAAGGCUAUAUCAGUGUGUUUCUUUUCGCUAGCGUUGUAUUUAUACAAACCACCAACUAGCAAGAAUGUAGGCAUGGAGAAACUCCAAGAUGAAGACUUUGAACUGGACGCCAACAUCAAGAAAGUUGACGAAAUUCCAAUCGAUGUCAUCAGUACACCAUUAUAACAUUCAGACAAUGUCAAAAGUUUUAUAUUUUUCCUAACUUAUCAUAGAUCGUCAAAUUCUUAAAUUUACAUGUCCAAAUAAGUUUUUAGUCAAUAUUAGUUUUUCAUAUGUUUGCGACGAUACCCAACCUCGCCAUUACCUUUAUUAAGAUACAUAGUCUUGCAUUAUAGUAAUGUAGUCGAUCAUCUUUGAUGCUUUUUCAACAAGGAUUACAGUCUAAACUAAAGGAUGA